CGCUCAGCGACCGCUGCCUUCCGGGUUCGGCAGGAGGGCGCGGGCUGCCGCCGCCGCAGCAGCAUGAGGCGGGUCACGCUGUUCGUUAACGGCAGCCCCCGGAACGGGAAGGUUGUGGCUGUGUAUGGGACUUUAUCAGAUUUGCUGUCUGUGGCUAGUAAUAAGCUUGGAAUAAAAGCGACCAGUGUUUACAAUGGAAAAGGUGGACUCAUUGAUGAUAUCGCUUUGAUUAGGGAUGAUGAUGUUUUGUUUGUCUGUGAAGGGGAACCAUUCAUUGAUCCUCAGACCGAUGGGAGACCUCAUGAAGAACUAACAGGGUCACACACAGAUUGGUUAACUCUCAAUGUUGGAGGCCGAUACUUCACCACUACACGGAGCACUUUGGUUAAUAAAGAACCUGACAGUAUGCUGGCCCACAUGUUUAAAGAUAAAGAUGCUUGGGGAAAUAAGCAAGAUCAUAGAGGAGCAUUCCUAAUUGACCGCAGUCCAGAGUAUUUUGAGCCAAUUUUGAACUAUUUGCGUCACGGACAGCUCAUUGUAAAUGAUGGCAUUAAUUUGCUAGGUGUGUUGGAAGAAGCCAGGUUUUUUGGUAUCGAUUCACUAAUUGAACAUCUAGAAAUAGCUAUUAAGAAUUCACAGCCAGCUGAGGAUCAUUCUCCUAUAUCCCGAAAGGAGUUUGUCCGAUUCCUACUGGCAACCCCAACCAAGUCUGAGCUGCGAUGUCAGGGUCUCAAUUUCAGUGGAGCGGAUCUUUCACGUCUAGAUCUUCGAUACAUAAACUUCAAGAUGGCUAACCUAAGCCGUUGCAACCUAGCACAUGCCAACCUGUGCUGUGCAAAUCUGGAAAGAGCUGACCUCUCUGGAUCCGUGCUUGAUUGUGCAAACCUCCAAGGGGUAAAGAUGCUGUGUUCCAACGCAGAAGGAGCGUCUCUAAAAGGGUGCAAUUUUGAAGAUCCAUCAGGCCUUAAAGCUAAUUUGGAAGGUGCUAACCUGAAAGGUGUUGACAUGGAAGGCAGUCAGAUGACAGGGAUAAAUCUAAGAGUUGCAACACUGAAAAAUGCAAAACUAAAAAACUGUAAUCUUAGAGGAGCAACUUUGGCAGGAACUGAUUUGGAAAAUUGUGAUCUGUCAGGUUGUGAUCUACAAGAAGCUAAUUUGAGGGGAUCUAAUGUAAAAGGAGCUAUCUUUGAAGAGAUGCUGACACCUUUGCACAUGUCUCAAAGCGUCAGAUAGGGAAGAGAAUAUUCCGAAGAAGAAGGAAUCAAAACAUUUAUUGUGACUUUCUUCACCUCCUCCCCUUAUUAAGUUAGAGUAAUGGUUAUUAGACAACUUAAAUUUGCAGUAGUGCCUAAGUAAACUCUUCUUUGAUCACUUCUGGGCAGAGGGAGCUGUUGUUUGAGAGGUAGAAAGGGACAGUGUGUCUACCUUAGCGAACAGAGUGAGGAAGUGGGCUGCUUCUAGAACCAGAAUGUGUUGCUGGUUUGGGGGGGGGGAGCAUUAAAUAGAUUCAUUGUUUAGCAUUGCCUCACUUUGGAAUGCAUUUUAAUUUAUCAAGCACAAUAUAUGCAAUUCUAUUUAUUAAAUUGUAGCUGCAAUAUAAAUAGAAAAUGUUAUUAAUGUAUAGUAGCAACAAAGUUCAGGUUUACAGUUAGACUAAGUGUAUUUACAGUUAGUUGAUGCGUUCGUGCACAGUGUAUUAAGAGACAGAUGUGGUUUAGACAAUGUCCACAGGAUGUUUUCAGGUACUCUUUUCUUCUGGGGUGAAAACAGUCGUUAUCUGUCAUCAUAGGUAAUAUAUUGCCUAGGAGUAGUUCGAAUGCAGGUAUAGAACAGCACUAUCAAUCAUGGCUGGUAAGAAGAAUUCUCUUGCUUUCAAAUAUCCUAACUGCUCCAACCUGGAGUACCUGUAGAUUUUUUCAUUCAUUGUGGGGAAUUAAAUGUACAUAGGAAAAUACAAAACUGUCACCAAAGCAGAGACGAGCACCGGGGCCGCAGCACCCGCUCCGUCCUCCCGUCAUUACUCCAGUAAAUGAAUAAAUGGCACCUGUUUCCCCUCGAUGUACUAUGCAAAUACUCGUGUACACGUUUAUCCUUGAAAGCGUGGGCAUAAUCCCUUCCCAGCCAGAUGUUAGUGCACUUUGGGCCUGCUUAAAGUGGCUGUAAAAGCAUCUUGCGUAGCGCAAAGUGCCCUUUCCACAGCUGCUUUACUGGUGAGCAACUAGGGAACUCUGUGACUUGGGCGGUGCAGAAAGCCUCACAGCAUCUCUUGAGUGGUGGUGCACUUCAUUUAAUAAGCUGAUUCCACUGUAGUAUCAAUCUAGUUCUCAUCUAACACAACUUUUAUUUUGUAUGCAAUCAAAAAGCACAGAAAGAAACUAUACCAAAAAAAAGAAAGGUGCAUCAAGAACUCUUACCUCAGAUGCUUACUUAAAAUACCCCAAAGUUAAAACUAACCUUGAAUCUAAGGAAAUACAGCUAUUACUGGAAGUUAAGAGCCAAUGUAUCCUACAACUUACAGAAUGGGACACUUAGUAGCAGUUUGGGUUCCACAGUUACUUCGGUGGCUUGUCUUUAUGUGCAGUGCAGACUUCCUGUCCUCUCAACAGAAGUCGUCUCAGCAGUUGUUAUGAAAAUGCUGCUUUGCCAUCAAUCUAGAAAAGAUUAGUUCAGGACCAGUAUAUGAUUUGUUUGGGGGGAAUUGCAGGAUUCUCCCUUAUUUUUGAGUUGGGUUGACUCAGGCAUAUAACAUGAACUUCUGGGACUAAAAAUCCCACAGCAAUGGGGUUCAGAAUUGGGAUUUUUAUUUCCUUUGGAUUCCCAGGCCUCUUGAUCUGGCUCCAGGACAACACCGUAUCCUCAGUGAAAUACACCUAUAGAUUCAAGGGAAAUCUUUCAGUGUGAUUUUUGGAGUCCUUGCUCCCACCUCAUCGCUUUCACUGAGAGUGAUGUGUAUGUUGCAGUAGAAGAAGAUUCCUAGGGCUAGAGAAAUAAAUGAAUUAUUUUUCUUUAUCAUAUUUUGUAGCUGGCAGAAGUAAAAUAUUGUAUGGAAAAAUCUAUUUUCAUAAUCACUGUGUAUAAAAUAUAUUUGAACUUUCACUGAAGCACUAUGUUUUGAAUAAUCACAGCAUGUGGCAUCAUUCAUUCACAGAUGAAUUGAAGGUACCUCUUUUGCUAUGACACAGCUGUACGAAUAGCCCCAAGUGGCCUAUUCAGAAGUUGCACGUUCCAGCCUAAUUGAAAUUGCAUUAAUAAAAGUGCGAAAUAUAAAA